AUGGAAAUACCUGAACGAGCUAUUGAAUAUAUGAAAGAAGCAAUUAAUUCUAUUGAUGUCGUUUUACUGAGAGAGUUAUGUAGGGAAUUUGGAAUACCAGAAACAUUGAGAUUAGAAAUAUGGAAAUUAUUCCUUCAGCCAAAGAAAGAAAUUGUUGAAGAAAAAAUAACUAGCAAUUAUGUUUCAAAAUGGAUUGUUGAGGAUAAUGAGAUAUUAAUUGAAGAAACAAAUAAAAUUGCUAGUGCAAUUCAUCCAAUUGGAACACAACCUUUCUUUAAUUGUAUUGUUGAUGUUGCUGCUGUUGUUAGUAAGAUAUUUCAACAAGAAAGUAUUGAAAUGAGAUGUGGGAUAACAAAGUCAAUAAUAUAUAAGUUUCAUCCAUUUUAUAAACAUCUUUAUCCUACUAUUAUUACAGGUCUACAAAAUUUGAUUCAUAUAUUAUUAUUGUAUCAUGAUCCUAUUCUUUCAAUUCAUCUUGACACUAAUAGAAUAGAACCUACUGAAUAUACUAAUGCCUUUGCAUUUAAUUUAUGUAUAAAUAUGUGUGAUUCAAUUGAUAUAAUAUCAAAAAUGUGGGAUGAAUUCAUUACAUUUCCUGAUACUACAUUAUAUAUUUAUUGUGUUGUUGGCUACUUAAUUUAUUUAAGGAAAAGGAUUUUAGAUGCUAAAGACCACCAAGGUGUAUUAAAUGUUAUUAAUCAACCAUUAAAAAUUAAUGACAUAAAAACUAUUAUUGCAUAUUCUAAAGCGAUUCGUCUUUCAACAGCAUCAUCAUUUAAUCGUAUUCUUCUUGGCAUAAUGAAUAAUAGUGAGUCAUAUCAAAAAAUCUUUUCUAAAUCAUUAACAUCAUCAUUAUUCUUAACUCCAUUGGUUAAUGACAUCAUUAAUGAUAAAUUUAAUCGACAAUUUCCUUAUUUAUUUAUUGAUUGUAGAAGACAAGAAUCUUUUGACCUUGGUACUAUUGCAGCUGCAAUUAAUUUAGAUUAUAGUAAAAGACAAGAUGAUCGUAGUUAUCUUGAAAACCUUUUCAAAAAUGAAUUGUCUAUUCUGACUCAAUCAAAUUCAACGUUUCAUGUUGUUUUAUUUGGAGAUGAUGAUACUGUAGAUGGGAAUCCUGACAUUGGUGAGUUAAGUAUGAUUGGUUUAGAUUUUGCUAAAAGAGGAGUUAAGAGAGUGAGUAUCAUGCAAGAAGGAUUUUUAAAAUAUCACAAAAAUGCAUUAGCUAAUAUGAAAGGAUUCCAAUUGAUGAAUCACGAAACAGAAACAUGUCCUUUAUGUACUACAGGAAAACCAUUAAAUUUUGGAUUAUUAGAAGGUACUAAAAAAUUAAAACAAAGUAUUACACAAAGUACUGUAGAAAAAACACAACAACUAACACAUGGAUUAAUCGGAUUUUUAUAUGGAAAUAAUACAAAGAAGGAAGAUCAACAACCAACUUCUCAAAAUCAAAAUACAACAAAUGAAGAAAUAAAACAAACACCACCAACACAAGUUGAGGAUAAAGAACAAUUAACUUCAAAGAAUGAAGAAGUAAAUGAAAAUAUGAAAGAUGAAAAUAAUAUUAAUACUGAAGAAAAUAUUGAUGAUAAUAGUGAAGAAGAAGACGAUAACUAUUUAAAAGAACUUAUAGAAGAAUCAUCAAAAUAUAAUUCUUAUUUAAAUAUAGGAGGAAAACAAACGAUUUGGAAGCCUGUAACUAUAGUAUUAACUACAAUUUCUAUUUUAAUUGUUGAAAUUCAUAACAAUAAAAUUACACUCCUUGAUGAUAUUAGUUAUGAAACUAUCUCUAAAGUUGUUAUGAAAAAGGCUGAUCCUGAACGAUUUACUAUUGUUCAUUCAGGAGGAAAAUGUACUAUUCGUAUUCCAGAGUAUUAUCAAAAAUUUAUUGAAGAAAUAUCAAAAUUACAAGGAUAA